CGGGUUCACUUUGCAUGAUUUUGCCGUGUGCACCAUGGCUAAGUCGAGACCCCAGUCCAAACACUCCCGUGCGGCCCGCCGGGCAGCUUCUCCUAGUCUCGACCUCGACAAGUCGUUGACCUCCCUCCCUCGGGCGGAGGAGACUACCGUACAGCGUGAAUCCAUUCUGGCCGAUCGGGCCAAUGCUGGUGUUUCGAAGAAGAAGUCCAAGUCGAAGCCCUUGACAAAAGCGCAGCGCGCAAGACAGCAGAAAGGUGUUGAAAGAGCAGAAGCGGUCAUGGACCAGCUCGAGAGUAAAGUCAACCGCAGCAUCAGUCGUGCUAAAGUUGUCAAAGCUCGUAGGGGCGAAUGGGAAGAUCUGAACCGCAAGGUUUCGAAGACAAUGUUCCAAGCGCUCGCCGAUGAGGCCGAUGACGCUGACGACGCCAUGAUGGAUGACUCUGCCCCCGCGAAGAAAAGCAAGCCCGCAACGCAAUCGACCUUCGCGGCCCAGAACCUGGCUGUCGAUCAACACGCCGAUAACGACGAGGAUGACGAGAUCACUUGAACCAGCUUCGCAAGAGAAGGUCUUGGGGUCGCACCAAAUCUUUAUUUCUUCGGCCUCAGCUGCUUGAUCAUCCGGUCGAUUUCGGCGGCGGCUGGUCCGGACGCCCGUGCCUGCAGGAGCUCGAGGGCAUUCAUAUUCUUUGCUCGGAAGGCUUCCUCGCCUGCUUUGGCUAUCAUUCCACAUUUCACCCACAUUUCCACUUUUUCAUCUGCGGGCAGGUUGGUGCAUUUGGGGACAAAGACCGAGGCGAGCUUCGUGUUACCCGCCCCUAGGAUUUCAUUGUAAAAAGGCUGUAGUGAGUCUUGUGAGUAUAUGUAUGUUUUGGGGAGUAUGGCUUUCUCUUACCUCCCACCCUAUUGGGGACUUCUUGAUUUUGCCGAUGUCUUCCAACUCGCCCCAAUCUCGCUUAGCGACCAAGGCUCUCAAUCUCAACCACCAGAAAGUUUUCUCUGG